AUUAAGGUCAAAUAUUAUUAAAAUGGUUGGUUAAUUUAUAACGUGCAAUUGUCGCAUGUGUUUAUAAAUUUUUUCUACUGAUUAAUUAAAUAAAUAAUUAAAAUAAUUUGAGAAAUUCUACUCAAAUAAGCUCUCAAAAAAGUGUAAAUGUUGAGGUUCUAAAAUAAAAACCGUUGUGUGAAGUUAAAGAAGUAUAAAAACAAUGACAUUUUUUCUUUGUUCCAUUAAAAUGGCGCUGAAAAAUUAGUACUUUUUUUUUCAAGUUGGUAGUAUGACUGAAAAAUUGUUUUGUUGGAAGAUAAAUAUUUCGCAUGAACACUUUUUGAAAAAUAUGUUUGUUCGCAAAAAAAAUACGUUUUUCUUAUCGUUUGAAAUGUUAGUGUGGUAAAAAAAUUUUCACCAAAUUUUGAGGUUAAAAAAAUUGUUGAAGUCACUCGAGAAUUUUCCCUGCUUAAAAAAUCCGAUAGAUUCUUAUAGCUGUAUGUAUAUGGCCCUAUAUUUAACUAUAGCACUUUCCAUAGAACUCAUUCAUUCUUAUAAAAUCUCUAUGGAAAUUUAUGAGAAUCUAAUAGAUUCUAUGAGAUUUUCUAAACAGGGUUGAUAAUUUUAGGAACUCCUGGUGGAAAUUUUUCGAAAUUUUCUCUGAAAAACUCAGUUCUCAAGUUCUAAAGACUUUUUCAAAGUUCUAAAGACUUUUUCAGAGUUUUUCAGAGAAGAGUCAGAAAAAUUAUCACCAGAAACGAAAUGAAUCGGCUGUUUGUAUAUAAAAACUUUUUUUCUUGCUACGGCAAAUUUUAUUGUUUAGAAAAUAGAAGAUAUCCUAGAAAUUUUAAGAGUACGGGCAAAAAUUUUGUAAUUUUUUCGGAUUUUUGAUUUUUUUUACGGACUUAAUAAUUUGUGCAUUGAGCCCUGAUUAAAAAAGAGAAUCAAAAAGCAUUAAAAAGGAUUAAUUUUUCAAUAUUUUUAAUCCUUUUUAAUUCUCUUUUUUUACCAGGGAGAUGAAGUCUUCAGACAUUCGCCGUAGCAAGAAAAAAAUAAAAAAAUAAAAAAUAUUUUUUUCUAUUCUUGAGCGACCUUGAAAUGAAAACUAAAAAACGAGUCUAGAUAUCAAAUUAUUGUAUGUCACUAAAUUUUACGUAGAAAAUCAUUAAAAAUAAUUGUUAUUUUUUCAAACGUAAGUCUAUUAAAUUUUAAGUGUUGAUCACAUUUAUUUUUACUUUUAAUUAUCAGUCGUCAAUUAAAAAACUCGGUUCAAUCAUUGGGUUUUUCAAGUCAGGCUCUUUUGCUGUGAACAAAAAAGCUGAUUUGAAAAAUAUUAUUUUUCCAAACUCGAGUGCAAAAUUUUUCUGUCUAUUUAAUUGUCAUUGCUGAUAAUUAUAAAAGUUUUUGAUUGUCGCAAGAUUUAGAAAUCUCUAUUAUGAUUGAUUACUUGUUCAUUUUAAUUUUAUUUCCGCUAAAUUCAAUAAGUGCCAGUGGAAACGAAAGUAAUCACCAGUGCGCUGAUCAUGAGGCUCCAUGUAGCCCGUAUAAAAUACAAGCAUGCUGUAACGACAAUGACGUCUGCAAGUACGGGGGAGGGUAUUUUUCAUGUAUAAGUCAAGCGAUGUUGGGUGUAUCCUGUCGUUCUACUUAUGAAUGUGCGGUGCGCAAUUCUCAGUGCAUUGAUAAUUUGUGUCAAUGUACCUCACUACAUGUACCUGCCUCUAAUAAUAAAUGUAAAAGACGUUAUUUGGGUAGACUGUGUUAUGACAAUUCCAAUUGUGAGCCAUUAUUAAAUAAUACUGUAUGCUCUAAAAAUAAAAGAUGCGUGUGUGGUAAUAAUUAUUAUCCAACAAUAGAAGACAUCUGCGUUCGAGCACACAACUCAUUUUGUUUGGACAAUGAACCGUGCGCUAACGACAGUUUUUGUAUUGAUAAUAAAUGUCAAUGCAAACCUAAUCAAGUCUUUCGCGAUUUUAAAUGUGUAUCAAAAGACUUGGGUGAGUCUUGCGAAAAUCACACAGAUUGUUAUGGGGUUCGAUUUGCAAUAUGUUCAAAAGAUAAAAAAUGUAUUUGCAGUAAUAAUUAUCUUGCACUGAGUAAAACUAAAUGUCAGCCGAGUUUAGGUGGAUUUUGUCUUAAAAAUGACCAAUGUGUUAUCAAACAUUCAAUCUGUGUUGAAAACAAAUGUCAAUGUACUAUUGGUUAUAGUUCCUUACUCGAAGAACAUCGUUGUAUUCGCAGAUCAUUAGGAAAAUUUUGUGUAUCAAAUGCAGACUGUAAAGAUCUCAAGAAUUCUAAAUGCUCUGUAGGGGAUAAUGUCUGUGUUUGUAAUGACGAUAACUUCGCAUUCAACCGAUCGACAUGUACACCAGUUAUAAAUGGAUUUUGUUCGAGUGACGAAUCAUGUGAAUUUAAUGGAUUUACUUGUAUUGAAAAUAAAUGUCAAUGUAAACCAAAUUUUUUAUUACUAUCUCCUGAUACUUGUGUCAAAAAACAGUUGCUAUUCUCCUGCAAUGAUACUUCAGAAUGUAGUGAACCAUGGCAUGCACUUUGUUCAAAGGAUAAAAAAUGUGUUUGUAAAUCGAAUAAUGUUGCAUUAAGUACAUCAUCAUGUUCACCGAUUUUAGAUGGAUAUUGUUGGAAAAACGAUCAGUGUGUGGCUGAAAAUUCUAUUUGUGUUAAUUUUCGGUGUGAAUGCAAACGGGAUUUCAUUGCUGUCUCAAAAAAUCAUUGUGAAUUUGUUGAAAACAUAUAAUGGUUCUUGGGUGAAUGCUUAAAAAUUUGGCCUGUGCCAAAAGUCGACCAUUGAGUUUUUUUUUGUGUAUUUUAGGCUUUGCAAUGAUUUCUAAUAAAAAUUGUUUCCUUAUGUUAAGGUUUUUGUAAUAAAUUUCUGGUCAAAAACUAGAGCUACUGAAAGUAGAAAUUAGAGAGCUGACUUGAAGACAUUUUACAUUUUUUCUUUUCAUAUUUAUUUCUACAAAUUAUUUUUAAAUACUGAGUUUCAGUUUCUUAUCCUGUCCAAUCUCCUCCUCUCCUUAUUUUCCUUCGCCAUAAUAUGAAAAAGUGUAGAACAGACCACAUAUAUAGUCCCGUAUUUACAUACAUAUUUCUUGAGCAAAGCAUUCGAUUACUCAUAUUUUGACUUGACAAUUUUUAAAUUUAAAAAUUCCCGCGCUAAAGUUGUAUCUA